UGGUGGUUUUUGGAGGUUUUUAAGAUCCUAAUUUGGAGCACCCAAGCUUAUGCCAAAGAGAAGUAUCAAGCUAAAGGAGUCCAGGAUAUAACUCUAGCUGGAAUAUUCUACAGAAUCAUAAUUCCAGUUUACCCUGGAUUUAGUGUUUAAUUUUGCAACCAAAACUUUUAAGAAUCCUUAGUGAUUAAAUAAUGGCAAUAAUUUCUGUGAAAGGGCUGACAAAUCUUCUACACAUAAGCAGAUUCUUUCUAGUAAUAAUAAAACAUCCACCUAUCCCCUCUUCUUUUUGUGUAUCCUCUAAAUUCCCACUUCUUCUUCAUUCUGCUUUCUCCACAGGCUCUCAGCACCAUUUCUAGGGGUGAAGAAUGAUCUCCUUCCAGCUAGUUUUCCAAUAAUUUCACAGAGGAAUUAAGGUUGGAAGAUGCUUCAGGAUGGAUAAAGCUGUUCAGCACACCAGCGAGAUCCUGAAUCAAACUAUCUCUAACAUUAGCCUCUCUCAGUUCUUGAACUUUGAUACAUGCCACCUUUCCUCCCUUGCAGAAUUCUUGCUUAUUACAGCUUACACACUGGUUACACUAGUGGGGCUUGUUGGAAAUCUUUGCCUAAUUAUUAUAAUAAAGAGACGGAAAGAAGCUCAAAAUGUCACCAACAUUUUGAUUGCCAACCUCUCUUUAUCAGAUGUCUUGAUCUGUAUCAUGUGCAUUCCUGUCACAGUUGCAUACACCUUAAUGGACCACUGGAUAUUUGGGGAAGCAAUGUGUAAAAUAGGCUCUUUCAUACAAAGCCUAUCUGUCUCAGUCUCCAUUUUCUCACUUGUACUCAUUGCUGUUGAGAGAUAUCAGUUAAUUGUGAACCCACGUGGCUGGAAGCCUAAUAUUUCACAUGCUUAUUGGGGAAUCCUUUUCAUCUGGGGGCUUUCCCUCAUCAUAUCCACUCCUUUUUUACUAUUCCACCAAAUAACAGAUGAACCCUUCAAACAUUUGUCUUUCCACAGUGAUUUCUACAAGAACAAGGUCGCUUGCAUCGAAGCGUGGCCGUCUCUUACAGAGAGACUGAUUUUCACCACUAGCCUGCUGGUUUUCCAGUACUGCUUCCCACUGGGUUUUAUUUUUGUCUGCUAUCUCAGGAUAUUUGUGUGUCUUCGACGGAGACGAGGUAAAAUAGACAGGAUGAGAGAGAAUGAGAGCAGGCUGAGUGAAAGCAAAAGGAUCAAUAUGAUGCUGGUAUCAAUCGUGGUGACCUUUGCAGCUUGCUGGUUGCCUCUCAAUAUAUUCAAUGUGGUCUUUGACUGGAACUACGAGGCACUAAUGAGCUGUAAUCAUAACCUGGCAUUUACAAUCUGCCACCUCGUGGCCAUGAUCUCAACAUGUAUCAAUCCCAUCUUUUAUGGAUUUCUGAACAGGAACUUUCAGAAGGAUUUGGUAGUAUUAGCUCACCACUGCAGAUGCUCAGCACCACAAGAGGAAUAUGAAAAUAUUGCCCUUUCAAACCUGCAAACAGAUGCAUCUAAGGGGUCUCUGAAGUUAAAUAAUGCCCAUGUGGAUAUAUAAGAUAAUCUAACUGCAGUUUCCAAAAUUCUGUAUUUUGCUGCAGAUGGCCUUUUUCUGCAGGUCUUGGGCAUGUUACCACCAAGUUUAGAGGAAGUCUUUGCUAUUUAGUUCAGCAAAACCAGCAUUAUGCUCCCAUAGGCAUAGUCUUAACAAGUACUUUAUGAUAGGAUUAAUGCUGGUAAAACCACUUCCAACAGCCCUAAAGAUCAAUCAUAAUAAAAUAUAAGCAGUAUUAACAUCUUAAUUUUUUUAAUCCACAGUUUCCAAGUCACUGGCAUGUUACCUUAACUCCAAUAAAAAUGUUUCCAUUUCAGCCACUGAUGGGGAUGUCCUUCUUAAAUGCCAGCCUCCCCCAGGCAAACCCUGAACCCUGUGCUAUUCCUAACUUCAGCAGCCUUUCACACACUGUUUUCUGGCAUUUUUAUUUUCCAGCCCUACACCAAUGCCCUCUAUGAUGAAUCUGCAGUUGAGAGGCAGUUAUCACUGUAAGGAAGGCCCUUGAAGUUAUCCUAAGACUCCACCACCUUCCUUUCAGCCCCCUCAUGCAGUUUGCUUUGGCUUAGUACCAGUUCAGCCCAGAAAUUGUAUUUUAACAAGGGAAAAGGCUAGAGCUGGACUUCUUUUUUUAUGAACACUGAAACAGGACCCAUUUCAUGUACUGCAAGUUUCACUCAGAAUGACGUUCAAGAUGAAAUAUAUAUUUAGCAUUUCUCCUAAAAGCAUUGCAUUCUCCAAAGCACCAGUAAAGAUCAUUCAUUGUUUUCUCUCUUACCAUCCUCACUGCUCCUUACAACAGACCUUUUAGAAUCUCCAUUAUCAAAACAACCCACUAUGAAUUCAGAGUAAAUUUUGCUCUAGCU